GCUCUCGCUCUUCCCCACACACGGGGUGUCGCCCUGCCCGACACAAAAGGGUCUGGUGGCGGCUCCUGUUUCGAUGCUUGGCACAUCGUCACACCUCGCUCACCAAUCUAGUAGUCGGUGUCGGUUAGCGCGGGUCGGUUCCGGCCAGCAGCAGCAGUAGUAAGCAGCGGUGCUUUUAAUACUAGAGAAGAGAGAAAAAAAAAGAAAAGCAAAAAUAGCCAGCCAGCACCAUCCUUUCUUGGUGUGUGGUGUGUGGGACCCAGCCCUAAAAUACACACCGAAGAGUGCAGCAGCAGCAGCAGCAGCAGCAGUAGCAGCAGAAAGUGCAGCGGAAGCUAAAAGCUAAAACCUACACCACCACCACCGCCAUCAUCUUCAUCCCCCCUUUUGUGUGUGUGCGCGUGUGUGUGUGUUGGGGCGCGUAGCGCUACGGCGACGACGAAGACAAGGAGCAAGGAGAGGUGUGUGCAAGUGCAUUUUGUUUUAUGAAAUUUUCCACUCCCCCUCCCCCAUUGAUUCCAUCAUCAACCAGCAGCGCCAUCUUCUCUCAGUGAAAGUUGUGUGUACGUGUGCGUGCGUGUGUAUGCGGGCGUGCUUUGGUGUGGAUACAGAUGCAACAACUCCUCCACAUCGCCGCCGCCUCCGCCGCCAUCUUCCGCCAAUUCCGCCGGAAUAGCGUAAAAAACUCGCGCGUUUAGUGAAUUGUUUUAUUAAAAAUAUUUGCGGGCGACGUGCGUUUUUGGGUUCUAUUUUUUGCUUUUUGCUUUCGCCGCGUGUGUUUGUGUGUUGUGAGGGAAGGGUAGGAAGAAGAGGAUUGUUUGUGUGUACUGCAGUUAAACAAAAGUGCAUCUCUCGUGCAUUCACUUUUUGCGCGAAAAGCCCGCGCGCGCGUGUGUUUUUUUUAGUGAAUAAGUGGCGCAAAAAGAAAGAAUAGUAUAAUAGUGUCGCUGCGUGUGAGGAAUUGUGCAAUCUAGUGUUUUUUUGUUUUUUUUUUUACGGUGGGAGUCACAUCUCCUUACGCAUCAAAAAGUGGAGGCCGUGUGUGUAUGUGUUGCUGUUCUGUUCUGUUGUAUCCUUCUCUUUCCGUGGAGAACAGGGACGAGAAGAAGUGUUUAAAAGGAACGUUUUUGUGCAGUGAGGGAGAGACGCGCGAUUUCAUAAACAAUAACACACGACACACACAUAACCGUUUGAUAUAAUCAACCGCGUGUGUCUGUCGCGUGCAUUUUUUACUUACAAAAAAGCCUCCCCCCGUGUCAGCACCAGUGGCGCACCAAUGAAAACACUCAAAGUGUUUCGGGCCAGCUUGUUGGAAUCGGGCGCGUUAAGUAAAAAGGCAACAGCAGUAACCGCCACCAGCAGCAGCAGCAGCAGCCAGCGGCGGCAUAUCCAAUCGUAGAUUCGAUUGAUGUGAUUUUAUUAGUUUUGUAAUAUUUUAUUAUAUAUCCAGAUGAUCUCACAGACGAUUGCAGUGAAGAGUAAUAAUCCCACCGGCAGUACCGAUACGCUGUGUUAGUUUGUGUGCUAAAGCCACACACAAACACACAUAUUGUCCCUGCCCCCCAAUACUAACCCGUGAUAAUCGUGUUAGCGAGGGCCACUACUAUACCAUCCCUGUGCGAACGGUUCUCCUUCCCGCGUUCUGUGCGUUCGCACCUUCGCGCACCUGGUAUAAACUGGUGUGAGUGAGCUUUUGUGUGUGUCCUUUCGCGAGAGUAGGACCGGCGGCGCCGGCCCACUCUUCCCUAAAAACACCCCAACAACCCCCUUUCCGGGUAGGUUUACCCGUGAUCUUUUUCCGGUUGGCGCGGCAGUUCCGGCACCAGCAGGUGUUGGAACACAAAAGGCGCCAUCAUUCCUUCCACAAUAGGGUCGUCACACCUCACCAACCUGUCUGGCCCUGCUGCUACUCAUAGUAGCAGGGGCAGCACAGGUCACCUUCCUCCACCCCCGGGGUCGCACCUUCAGCAACUCCACGGGUCUGGAGUCCUUACGGAUCAUACAAAAUUACAGUAUUUGGGCAACAUGCAGGUGCAUCCCGCACACAGUGGCAGCGGAGGGCAUCAUCCGCCACCGCCGCCCACCCAGGGACCGCCCCAGUCCGCCCAUCCGCCACCGCCCCAGCCGAUCCCGAUCGUGAAGCCGGAGUUCAAGGUGCCCCCGAUACCGGCCCACCUGAUGGAUGUGCGCGGACCGGACGGGUCGCUGGUCAAGAUCAACAUGCCGGAGCAUCACGAUCCGAGCAAGCCGCCGAACAACGUGGAAAUGCUGAAGGUGAACAUCGAGGAUCUCAGCCAGUUUCUGUCGUACCACGAGGUGUUCGGCAAGCUGCCCUCCGACAUGCUGACCGGCCCGUCCGCCAGCCUAGUGCCAUCAUCCUCCACCAACACCGCUACGACCAGUGCGCAUAGCAAUGGUAAAUUAAAUCACAUCCGUCCGGGGCCUACGGGCGAAUCUCCAUUCAAAUGUAGCUACUGCGCGAAAAGCUUCACCCGUAAGGAACACCUGACUAACCACGUUCGCCAGCAUACCGGUGAAUCGCCUUACCGAUGUCCGUACUGCGGUAAAACGUUCACCCGAAAGGAACAUCUAACGAACCAUGUCAGAUUGCACACAGGCGAAACACCCUACCAGUGCACAUACUGCGGGAAGAAGUUUACGAGAAAAGAACACCUUACCAAUCAUGUCAGAUUGCAUACCGGCGAAACUCCAUUUCAGUGCACUUACUGCGAGAAGAAGUUCACUCGCAAAGAGCAUUUGACUAAUCACACGAGGUUGCACACCGGCGAGACUCCUUUUCAAUGUUCUUACUGUCAGAAAAAGUUCACGCGGAAAGAACAUUUAACAAACCACGUCAGGUUGCACACCGGCGAGACACCUUUUCAGUGUUCUUAUUGCCAGAAGAAGUUCACUCGCAAAGAACAUUUAACGUACCACGUCAGGUUGCACACCGGCGAGACUCCCUUUCAAUGUUCUUACUGUCAGAAAAAGUUCACGCGGAAAGAACACUUAACGAACCACGUCAGGUUACAUACCGGCGAAACUCCUUACCAGUGUACCUACUGCGACAAGAAAUUCACUCGCAAAGAGCAUUUAACCAACCAUGUCAGAAUACACACUGGAGAGACUCCCUAUCGGUGCACGUAUUGUGAGAAGAAAUUUACCCGAAAAGAACGUUUAACGUAUCACAUAAGAUGGCAUACGGGAGAGACACCGUACCAUUGCACGUACUGCGAGAAAAAGUUCGCCCGCAAAGAGCACCUUACUAAUCACGUCAGAUUGCACACAGGAGAGACCCCUUAUCAAUGCACAUAUUGUGAAAAGAAAUUCAGUAGAAGAGAGCGUUUAACGAUUCACACAAGAAUCCAUACCGGAGAGACUCCGUACGCAUGCACAUAUUGUGAUAAAAAAUUUAGCCGCAAAGAACGAUUAACGUAUCACAUAAGAUUACACACCGGAGAAACUCCCUAUCAGUGCACGUACUGCGAGAAGAAAUUCACUCGCAAAGAGCACCUUACAAAUCACGUCAGACUGCACACCGGAGAAACUCCCUAUCCGUGCACGUACUGUGAAAAGAAGUUCACGCGCAAAGAACAUCUUACCAAUCAUGUCAGAUUGCACACCGGCGAGACCCCUUAUCAGUGUACCUAUUGUGACAAGAAAUUCACGCGCAAAGAGCAUUUGACUAAUCAUACAAGAUUGCACACCGGAGAAACUCCUUAUCAUUGCACCUAUUGCGAGAAGAAAUUUAUGCGCAAAGAACAUUUAAAGAACCAUAUCAGAUUGCAUACCGGAGAAACUCCGUACCAAUGUACGUACUGCCAGAAGAAAUUCACGCGAAAAGAGCAUUUAACAAACCACACCAGAUUGCAUACGGGCGAAACUCCUUACCAGUGUUCUUAUUGCCAGAAGAAGUUCACCCGCAAAGAACAUCUCACAAAUCACGUCAGGCUGCACACCGGCGAGACUCCCUACACGUGUACCUAUUGUCAGAAGAAGUUUACGCGUAAAGAGCAUUUGACGAAUCACGUCAGAUUGCACACUGGCGAGACUCCCUUCCAGUGCACGUAUUGCCAGAAGAAAUUUACGCGAAAAGAACAUUUGACCAACCAUACCAGAUUACACACCGGUGAGACUCCGUAUCAUUGCACCUAUUGCGAGAAGAAGUUCAUGAGAAAAGAACACCUUACGAACCAUAUCAGAUUGCACACCGGAGAAACUCCCUAUCAGUGCACGUAUUGCGGGAAGAAAUUCACCCGAAAAGAGCAUUUAACAAAUCAUGUCAGAUUGCAUACCGGAGAGUCUCCCUAUCGGUGUUCGUACUGUAACAAGUCAUUCACCAGAAAAGAGCACCUCAAGAAUCACGUCAGACUGCAUACGGGGGACUCACCGCACAAAUGUGAGUACUGCAACAAAACGUUCACGCGGAAGGAGCAUCUCAACAAUCACAUGCGUCAGCACAGUGGAGACAAUCCACACUGUUGCAAUGUGUGCAACAAGACCUUCACGCGGAAGGAGCAUCUGAUCAACCAUAUGAGUCGAUCACACACCGGAGAGCGUCCCUUUCAGUGUGACGAGUGUGGCAAAUCUUUCCCGCUGAAGGGCAAUCUGCUGUUCCACCAGCGCAGCCACACCAAGGGCCAACCGAUGGAUCGUCCGUUCCGGUGCGACAUGUGUCCGAAGGAUUUCAUCUGCAAGGGCCACCUGGUAUCGCACCAGCGGUCGCACACGGGCGAGAAGAACCACCACUGUCCGCAGUGCAGCAAGUCGUACGUCGAGCGGGGCAACAUGCUGCGGCACAUGAAGAAGACGCACCCGGACGCGGUCAUUCCGGUGCUGCCGAAGCUGCCCCACAUCAAGGUCGAACCGAAGUCUACCGUAUCUCAGCCCGCGUCCGUGGUGACGUCGCCGGCUCAGGCCACGUCAACAAUAACGUCGAUUAUCUCCAACAAUACUCAUCCAUCGCAGCAUCAUCAUCACAUUCAACCGAAAAUGGAACAGAAAUCUCAGAUACAUCAUCUUCCGCUUCCUCAUCAGCAUCCAGCUCACCAGCUGCACCACCACAUCUCGGCGGGCCCCCCGCCGCCGCCGCCAUCGAUGCAUCUGCCGCCGCCAAAUCCGCAGUUGGCAGCGCUCGCCCUCCAUCAUCAGGUCCAGCAGCAUCAGCAGCAGCAACAACAGCAGCAGCAACAGCAGCCGCAAUCUUCGCCUUCAACGGUACGAACCCAGCCAUCCCCUCGUACAUCACAUCCGCCGCCGCCGCAUCCACAGCAGCAGCAACCGCAGCAGCAGCCGCCGCCGGAAAGCCACCAGCAACAGGGACCGGUCCCAGCUGGACCCCUUCCACCUCAGCACCAUACGGUCCCGGUUACUAUUAUAACCCAUGCUGGAAGCAUUAAUCCGGCCAACAUGCCGGUGGUGGACGGUGGGCCGGCUAACGGUCGGGUCGGGGCGAUCCAGAUGCAUCAUCUCGCCGCGGCCCAGCAGUCGGCCGAGGAGCAUUCGGUGGUUUAUUGAAACAGCGGCAUCGGUGGUGGUGGUAAUGGAGGCGGCGGUGUCAGCGUGGGCGGUAGUACUGCUGGUACAGGAAACAGCAGCCGAGGUGGAAGAGCAAGUGGCGGAGGCGGCAAUAGUAAGGCAGGAGCGACAGCAUCAGCAUCCCGUAUCGGUAAUAUAGAGCUGAUUGUGCCAACGGUUACCACCGCGAGCGGCGGCAGUAUGCUAGCAAGAGCAAGUGCCACCAUCACCGGCAGUAGUAGUGGUGCUAAUGUAGUUGCUAAUCAUGCGCCCUUGCUUCUUGAUCCGCCACAUGUUGCCACCGACGGGCAGCAGGAGUAUCAACAUCCCAUCGCGCUGAUGCCUUUGCUGCAGCAGCAACAGCAACAGCAGCAGCAGCAGCAAAACCUUGCGCAAGCACUGACGCUGCAACUGUCACAUCAGCAGCAGCAGCAGCUAUUCAAGUCAGAACACAACAAAACACUAACCCAGCUGUAGAAUUUGAUGUAAUAAUAGCGGAGGUAGAGGAGGAGGAUCAAUCCAGAUGGAGAAUAAGCAGCUUGUUUUCAUUUUAUGCUAGUGUUAACUGUGAGUUUCUAUAACUUCUUUUUAUUGUAGCAUACAUUUUUAUUACGGUUUCUCGGUGCAGUUGAAUUUGUUUGUCGCGCUUCUACCCCUUGUAAUGGGGUAGCAUUCAUGCUGCAGACUGUGCAGCGCAAAAGAGAAUAUGAAUUAAAUGCGACAUUGAAGCGAAACUUAACGUGUACACGUCGAGUGUAGCUCAAAUUUUGGCACACACAGUAAGAGAGAUAGCACGCUGGAUACUAUUUCCGGUUGGGCAAAACGAGUGACUAGUACAUAACAAAAUCAGCUUGUGCAGUCAAUAUAAACGAGACUCACAAACACACAGUCAAACACAACAGUGCUCGAUUGGUUCAAAAACAUGAUUGAAAGGAACUUGUUUACAGUGAGUGACAAGCAGAAUAAUAAUUGUUUAAAAUUUGUUUUCUUUACUUUUUUCCAAGUUGUUGUGUGGAAAAUAUAACAACCAUGAGGAAAACACUGCACUCGAAAGGAGGAGAAACACACAAAAAAGUACAGAAGUAUGCAAUUAGUAGUUUUAAAAAGUAGUGAAGAAAAAAAAUAGUUCGUAAAGGGAUGAAUACGCUAAGUUUAAUAAACACAAAACAUAAUACAUAAGCGGUAGUGAGUAAUAAAACAAACAAUAACAACAACAAAAAAUACACAAAAAAAGGAUGAAUUACACAAACCACAUGUGCAACGUAAACAUGAAGUAACAAACAAUACCAGUAAAUGAAAUGUACAGUUGUGUAAAACAAAGCAGAAAACUGUUUAAGAAGAGGAGAUGUAAACGAGCAUAAAUAUUAACAUUGUAUAAUUAAACGCAGUGGUGUGUGUGUGUGUGGUGGGCGUUGAAAGUUAAAUAAGUAUAGCAACGAGUUGGAUGCAAGAAGCUCUCGUCUGUAAUUAAAUAACAAAACAUGAUUUAAAGCAGAUACGAACAAACGUAGAUAAUAGUGCGAGCGGAGAAGAAAACAGAGAAAAGAAUGUGCAAAAAAAGAAGCAAACACAGUUUAAAAACAAAAACAGCUGCAGCAAACGCGCGCGCGCAUCUCUUAUAUUAGGUGCGGUGUAUUUUUUUAAAUGUAACCCAACAGCAGCAGUACGGGCGUUUGUAGCAAGCAUAUGAAGUAUAAAACGUAGAAGUAAAAUGUGAGUUAUUGAACUAAAAUUAUAUACACAUAAAUCUAUAUAUAUAUAUAUACCAAGCUAUAUCUUUAUAUAUAUACACAGAUAGAAAACUCACAAGAAAUAGGUGAAGCGCGAGCAGAGCAAAACAGCAGAUUUGUGGUCGCAUUAAAAGAGAGAGAGAGAGAGAGAGGGAGAGAAAAGGUACGAGAUAAUAACUAACCAGAUAUACAAAACAAGUCGAUAUCAAAUAUCGAAAAAAUGCGCGAUACUAAACGUGUUUUACAUGUAAAAAACACAGACACAAACACACACUCACAUUGCAGGAGCAUGUGGGACUAGGAUGAUAGUUGCAACAAAAAAAAAAAAAACAAAACAAAACAGACAGAUUUCGAGGCGACAUUUAGCAACACCCUUGCCCCCCCCCCUCCAACCAGCCUCUACCACCACAGAGAAUCAUUUCCUGCGCGCUCUUGUUCGUUUCUGCGUCCUUCACUAGCCAACGCAAGGGAAGUGGCUCGGGUAAAAGCACCCUGUUGCAAUUGCAGAAUUGUUGCUCUUGUCUUAGACAGUUAUACCUUACUCUACCCACUCCCACUUCCAGAAAGGUUAUUAAUGCAGGGCCCCCAUAUAUUUGCUUUGCCGGAACGCAAAUCUUUAUAUAGAGGUUUACAUUCAUAUAUAAACUUAUACAUAUAUGUGUGUAGUGAAAUGGAAACAAAAGAGAGGAAGGGGUUUGGUGUUCGGAACUAUGUUCUGAUUUUAACAAAACAACAACAACAAGAUGUAGAAGUAAAAGGUAAAAAUAAUACUUUCGGUAAAAAUAAAUGGCAACAGUGAAAAUGCAAUGCGGGAAAACAAACAAACCACACUCACCAGAAUAAUUACACAAAAUCAUGCAAAUUAUAAGAUCGUUCAGUUUUGCGUUACAUAAUACGCACUCUGGGAGUGGUGAAGCAGCAAAAUUAGUAAAAUAAAAAAAGAAGAAGACCCAUGAUGAGAAUCAAUACUUAAUCUUAACACAAUUGUUGAAAUAGAUGAAAUAGUGUGAGAAAUAAACAAAGUAAUCUUAAACAAACGAACAGCAGUAAUGGACAUGUAGCAACAGCACGCGCAAACACGGCAAAGGGGGUAGCAUUUUGCUGUAAACGUGUGUAUGUGUGUGUGCGUGUUUAGAAAGAACCUUCGCCAAACCGUUGUGGUGGAAUAGGAGGGCAAACAUCAGUCACACCGGGUGUUCUAGGAGAAAACAGUUGACACACUAGCGCAAUCUCUCGAUAGUACGUACCUACUACUACACAUUACUGCAAUGACCGAUCAAUCAACAAUGCUCUCCCCCAGCCCCGUUGUGCUAUGUCGGAGCUGUUUUUGGUUAACAUCCUUCUUCCUACCCGCUCCUUUUCCCGUGUGCGCACUUCAGCGAAAUACAAAUGUAAUAGUAGUGUGCUAAAAGUUACAAAACCGCGCAGGAUGAAGAAAACAAUAGCAUAAGGAAAAUUCAAACACCGUGUAGUGUGUAGAGAUACUGUUGGUUGGGGGGAAGAAGACUUUUUUUUACAUACGUUGUUAAAGCUGCAACAAAAAUUGAACCCCUCUUAAUGUAGACCACAGGUUAGAGACAUAUACCAUGCUCCCUAGUGGUUUUAUGAAAGUGAAACAUACACACAUACAACACAAACCUAGAAACGAGAGAGAGAGAGAGAGGAAACUCAACUUUCGCGGGUGGAAAAUAGUACAACUUUAUUUAAAGUGUUUAAGGUAAAACGAAACAAAGUAAAUACAAGUGUAACAUUUAACAAUGUUACAACAAGCUGAAGAACAGUAGCGAAGGAGAAUAGAAACGAAGUGGAAAGAUAAAUUUAAAGAGGAAAAACACACAGACACACACACUGGCUUUUAACGUGAUUAUACGAUAAGAGGAACAAUUCGCGUACAAGAGAAAGGGUACACUAACACAUUUAAUACAAACACACACACACACACACACACACACACACACACACACACACACAUCCACACUACAUUAAUAGUUGUUUUUGAGUUUGAGAAUCUCAGCUGUGUCUAUAUUUAACCAGGACCCACAAUUCUUUCACAAUCAACCAAGAGAAGGAUAACGUUGCGUUGUGUUUUGCGACUGAUGAUGAUGAUGCUAAUUUCAUUCACAUAUUGUGCUAUCAUUACAAUUUCAAUCCAUUUACACAAUAGAAGCAUACAGUAGUAGCUUAUCGCCUCACGCAUAAGAGAUAUAACCAUAGUACAUUAAACAACAACAACAACAACAACAACAGCAAGCAAGCAACAAACAGAGCCAGUACAUUAUACUACAAUAGUUUCGUUCUCUCAGUGUGUAUCUGUAAGGAUAGAUUUAGACGUCGUAACCCCAGUUUGCUGUUUUUCUUUUACAAUAAUACACACACACAUUCACACACAUUGACACAUUACACAAUAGAAAAUAGAACCAAACAGCAGUACCAUUACAUACCUACCUUUUCAUCAAACACCAACAGCGAAACCAGGAGAAUCGUCACCGAAUAUCUGGUGAUACACACUCUGUCACUUGCUUAUAAAAGAGUAGAUAGAUGUAAUGCUUCUUCUGUGUUAAGCUUUGUCUAUUACAAUAGAGAUAUCAAUAGAAUUCUAAGCUAUCACCACUAAUACAAUACGAUAGGGACACACUCAUACCAUAAAACAACAAGUAAGCCAAACCAAUUUUACAGUAAACUCUACAAUCAAUGCUUCACCACAACAGCUACAACAGAACAGACAGCGUUCUCAAAUCAAAACAGUAUCACUCCUUCAUAUAGUGUAUCUUGUAUCUGCACAAACUUACAAUAGGCUCUUACAACAACCAACAAGCAUAUAGUGUUGAAAUAAUUGUUUUUUUCCCCGUAAUAAGACUUCAUGGUGGGUCGUUCGGGGGUCAACGAUGCUUGCCAAUGCAAUAGAAACAGAGAAAAUAAUUUAAACAAUCACGUUUACGUUUUUCGAUCCUAUUCAGUGCAUUUUCCAACACACAUCCCUCCUUUAGUUUGUUUAUACGUGCUUCUUGCGUGUGUCUUAGUUUUGAAAAGUUGUUUAAGAUUUCCUAAGUUAUCUCACGUCUCAGUAAAACGCGUCUUGGAAAACGGGAGAACAAGAACGAAUGUGUACUUGUGUACUUGAACUUGAUAGAUUGAUUUCAACACGACUAUAACGACAACCACAACCAAAACCAACCAACAAAUCAUCACAAACCUCCUAAUUACCUUCAUCGAUCCCAGUUUUCUGAUACUAAUGUUAAAAGCAAAUAAAACAAACAAAGUUGCGUAUUAUGAAGAAAAAAAACAAGCGAAAUACGUUCCUUUCCGUUGUGAUACUAUAAAGAGCAAGGGCGACAGAUUUGAGGGCAAUGUUUCGAUAUGAUGAGUGUGUUUGUGUGUUUGUGUGAUGGGGAGAGGGCAACAACCCCUUUUCCCAGAAGCGAAAAGAUUAAAAGAUGAGAGAGCAGUAACGAUCGUACUACGUGAAGCAAGGUUUUAUUUGGAUUUGGAUUAUUUGUUAGCAUUAGUUGUAUUAAACAAAAAGAUUGCAAUUCUAAUCCUCUUUUCAUCCCUGUUGGUGAUGUGUGACACGCGCAACAUCAAUGCUUUUUUCUUGUUUGUUUUCGUUUAACUCAAUCGAGUGCAAACUUAUUUUAGCUGAAAUAGUCUAUAUUAAUAUAGUUAACGAUUUUAUAAAAUCAUUUUUUCAUAUAUACAUGUAUACAUAUAGGUAUGUUUUUAUGUAUGCAUUAUUAAAGUCUUUCUUUUAGUUUGUUUUAGUAGCAAGAGUGGUAAGAAAAUCUGUGUGUUUGUUAAGAAAAAGUCGAAUAACAAUGGAUUAAUUAAGCGUAACGCCAAGAUCAAGAACACGCACUGGUGAGCUCAUCAUUUCAUGAAACCAUCCACAAUCAUCUAAUAAAAGAAAAAGCGAGUUGAGUUAAACUAAAUACAAAACAUUGUGUAAUAUGCGUAUCGAAGAGAUGAGGAUAUCUGAACAUAAUUCAUCCUAGAUGAGCACAUCAUUAUUGCGAACAAAAUUGAAAUGCUGAGUGUGUAAACGUAUUUACAGUAACACCAAGAUUGCAGAAAUUGCGCAAAAAAGGGUAAUUAUCUUUCUUUUACUAAAUCAUCGCACAACUUGUAAAAUCUGAAGUGUUGGAAAGUAACUGGUGAGAAGAGCGUAGCGAAGUUUGAAUGAUUGUGCUCGUUCGGGAACGUUUGUAAUUCGUAAUAUGAUUGUAAUGCAAAAGUACACAACAGGUCUGAGUAAAAUAUGUAGUCUUUACGCAAACUUACGCCAUAUUAUACAAAGCAGCUAAUGAAGUGGAAAGAAAACAAAAAGGAAGGAAGCAAAAAGAAACGCUGAAAAUUGUUAAGUCGACAAAAGGAAAAGAAGACAAACUGAGGAAUAUGAUAAGGAAAGGCAAGGAUAUGAAAUUUGGAAACUAACAAUAGAGAUGAGUCAUAUAAAAAAAACAGUACACUUUAUGAGUUGUUGUUUUUUUCAUUUAUUUUAUCGUGUUUUAUUCUUAUUCUGUUUUAUUGAUUUACAAAUUGGUGCUAUUUACUAAAUUAUUUUUUAUUUUCAGAUAUUUAUAUGAAUUGCUGGCGGCGCUAAAAGGAUGUAUUAUAUUAACUUUGUUUGUUCUAAUUUUGAGAAAUUAUUUUAUUUAUUUUUACAUCCUAAAACUUGAAUUUCAGUUUCAGUACCCACAACAAGCGUAGUGUGAUCGUCACUGAUUUCCAAUCAACGUCGUAUGAGAGUUAAACAGAAGUUGCCGUACGGAACUUUUCGAAACAAUAGUGCCCACUCUAGUCAAUGAGAUGAGAGAUUUGUGGUUUUUACUUUUCCUCCCAUUAUAUUGGGUUGUAUUGGGGUAUAUUUUGUUUUUCAGCAAACACCUAGAAAGUAUUCAUUUACCAUUUUACCACAAGGAGACAUGUACAAAAGUAGUGGCAUCCUUAGCACAUUUUCACAAUGUAACGAAUGUGCAAGAAGCUACAUAAUAACGACACAACAUGUUGUACUUGUAAUAUGUUUAGUUUGUUGUUAAGUUGUUAUAGCGGAUGUAAAUACAAAGAGAGGAACAGAAAACAUGCAGAAAAAAGGAAGAAGUAAUGGAAAAAUGGGGAAAAAGGCAAAAUUAAAAUAGCCAGGACGAAGAAGUAAAACAAUAAGGCAAAAAUAAACGAAAGAAAAAUGUGGCAAAAAAUGUAAGUAGCAAAAAGAUAUCGGAUUCAGUUGAAUGAUGGGGCAAAUAAGAGAAUGAAGAAACAUAACAUUAUUGUACAUUUUUGUCAACUAUUUGUAUCCUUUUUUCUCACAUUACAUACUUUUUAGUAAAGGGUGAAACAAUUCACCCUAAAUUAUGUUGAAUGGUUUUUUUACAACUUUAAUCUAAUAAAAACAAAACAAUACCUAGAAAGUGAUAUGAAAAAAGACAACGUUUUUGCUGCCACUCGUGUGUGUGUGUCUGUAUAUAAACGAGUGUGCAGGACGAGAGAAGGAAAUGAGUAAAACAAACGAGGAAAAGAAUACGAGGAGGAAGAAAAUCGUGUAAUUUAGUAAUAACAGAGAACUAACACGUAAGGAGGAAGCGUUGGUGUUGCUAUAGUGAUUGCAGUGUAUGUAAAAAAAAGCAUUCGGGAUAGGAAAAUCGAGACGGUUUAAGCAUAAAGCAGGCUGCGUAAUUGUGGUGAUCUAUUUUUAGCAGAACAAAGUCGUGCGGAAACGAACUUCCGGAACGGAUCGAGCGCGGAAAAUCGAGCUGAAGCGGGAGAGAAAGGAUCGAGCGUAAUAAGUAUUAAAGGAAUUCGUGCUUGUAAAUAAGGAAAAAUGAAGCUGUGCACAACCAAAACUGGAAAAUCUUAAGGACUGCUGUGACUGUCUGUGAGAUUCAGUGGAAGGGAAGUAUUGCAACAACCACAUUAUACAAUUGUGUGUGUGUGUCGUCUACGCGUUCUUGUGUUCAAAGCUGAAGGCAGGUGUGUGUGUAUGAGUGCAAAAGAAAGAACUCUACCAAACGAAUACGAGAGGAUAUUUAAAAGGGUCGAAGGGCGAAGGUGGAAAGAAAUUGUGAGUAAUUUCCUUUAUUUUACACUAUUUUACAAUUUUACUUUUCAAUUACGAGCUAUAGGGACAGAAGUGAAUAACAAUAAAUCCGCAUAGAAGAGAUGGGAAAACGUAUGUGUGUGUGUGAGAGAGACACGGGCGCAAAUCAGUAUUUGGCCGGCUAGAGCAAUAUUGAGGGACCGUCGAAUAAUAAUAAUAAUUAUUAUUAAAUAAUAGUGUUCACAGCAAUCUUUUAGCCGGGAAAGGUGUGAGAUACGAAACAACACACACACACACACGAGAGCAAUGGAAAGGAGAACCGCGAAACGAACACAAAAGGAACAGACAAAAAAACACACACAUAAAAAUCUUUGCAUACAAAUCAUGUGUAGCAUAGCUGCAUUUUAUACGAAUUUUCUAUUUAAAAAAAAAGAACGAAAACAAUUGGACAGACGCACAAACACACUUCUUUUACACUUGCUUCGGGAAUGGUGAGCAAGUUUUAUUUUUUGAAAUCGUACGGGUUCUUCAAGCAAAAGUGAGGUUCAGAAGAGACAGAGAAAGAGAGAGAGAGUGAACCGGGUGAUUUAUUGCGAUUUUGUACGGAAAUUAAUCGCUGGAAAACGGCCGAUAACAAUUCGCUUAUAUUUAAUGUGUGUGUGUGUUUGUAUGUGAGUGUAUAGAUAAGGUGAAGGAUGAAGCAGAAAGAAGUGUGAUAGGAGCUAAAGAUUAUUUUAUAUUUUCUAUUGUUUCGCUUGAUUUCAUUGCCUAUGCUAUUUUGUGAAUUCUAAUAUCAGGAAAAAAAUGCUUUGGUUGAAGUUUUCUCUUUGUAUGAAAAAUUCUUGUAAAGAUAAUGUUUUACAAUGUAUAAUUCAAUAAUGGAGCUGUACCAUGAUUUAAAGAUAGAAAUCCCUAACAUGUUUACAAUGUAUGGAAUUUAGUUUAAAAGGUAGCUGAAAUUAACACACAAAAAAACACACAGCAUACAUAUAAAAGCAGGGGAAUGAUGAUAAGACUCAACAGCGCAUUGUAAGGAAAGGGGGGGAGGGAAGUAGUAAGGUAAAAGAAAUUAAAAUGUAGUAACGCAAAAUUAUUCACCAUACACUUUAGCGAUAUUUCGAUAAAAGAAGAAAACAGAAAACAAGGAUUGGAGUCACAGGGGACAGCAGAGAAAGGAAUGAAGAAAGCAGUUUAGAUUGGAAAUGCAAAACAUUUCCUAAUCGUCUUGCCUCCGCCGCCGCCGAAAGAACAUGUACACACGCUAUCGUAAAUGUGAGUAGAACA